AUGAAAUUCGCUAAUGCUACUAUUAAAGGUGAUUUUGAGCAAAUCAAAUAAAUUCAAUCAAAAUGGAAAAAUUAAGAGAUAAGGAAAGAAAUAAAGAAAAUAUAAAAAGAUUAAAAUUUAAUUUUAUAGAGGAAUAAAAUUAUGAUCUUCAACUUCCUAAUGUUUUUAUAACAACAAAGCAUUAUUAUACUAAACCUAAAAGUAUUUCAUCACUUAUAAUGAGAGAGUCCAAAAAUGAAAAAGAAGCAAUCAUUAAGUUUUUAUUUAGGACCUUAAUCAAUAUGUUUAUCAAAAAAUUAAAGAAACCUUGAACUAUCAACUUUAGAGUCUAAUUACAAAAAGUUUAAGUAAUAAUUAAUAGUAAUAUUAGAUAAUGUUGUUGUUCCAUAAAAUAAUCUCCAAGAAGAAAUCUAAAAUCAAGGUUUAUCAAUUGAUAGAAAUUUCAAUUUUAAAGAAUUAGAUGGCAUCAAUUUCCUGAAAGUUUAUAUAGUAUCCAAAGAAAAAGGAGAGACAAAUUAGAUGAUAUAUUUCGAAAUUAAACUUGUGAGAAUUCUAUUUUUAAUUUAAAAUAAUAUGAAGAACAAAAUUUUCUAUAGUGUAUGAUUAGAGUAUGAUUUUAGAAUUUAAAAAAUAAAAGGAAAAUAAAUAAAAAGAUUACCAAGUCGAUCCUUUUUACACAAUGCUUAUUUCUCUAUCUUAUCUGUAAAUGGAAAAAGAAUGUCGAUAAAGAGUAAAAAAAGUCAUUUAAUUUUCAUUACCAAAAAAAGAUUUUAACUGUCUCUGAUACAUAUUUUUGUGUAUAAAUUACUGUUAUUAAUAAUGAUUUCAUUAAUACUAGAAUAUUAAAAAUGUCGAAAAAAGACGAUAACGAAGAAAAAAAAUAAAUUAAAUCAAAAUUGUUGGAGAAUUUGGUAAAACGAUCAAAGCCUUAGAUUAUAAUAAUAAAUCAACAUUUACUGAGGGAAAUUUAAAGAUUUAUUGAAAAGGAAUUAAAUUAAUGA